AUGUUCAAAGUUGGUACCGAUGUCAAGAUUCAACACAUCAUGAUUAAUCUUCGAGAGUGCCUCGCACACUACUCCAGUGUAGAGGAAGAAGUAGACAGGAAACCGUGGUACCAUGAUAUUGUGCAUUAUCUCAAGUUUCAGCAGUAUCCGGAGCAAAGCUCAAAAAAUGAUAAGAAAACCAUUAAAAGGUUGGCAAUGAAUUUCUUCUUGGAUGGAGACAUCUUAUACAGGAGAAGUAGGGACCAAGUGCUUUUAAGAUGUGUGGAUUCAGCCGAAGCUCGAAAAAUAGUUGAGGAAGUUCACGAAGGAAUUUGUGGGGCACAUGCAAACAGAAUCCACACUCUUGUAAAUGCACUGAAUGUAUUGACAUCACCAUGGCCAUUCUCAAUGUGGGGCAUGGAUGUGAUUGGGUUAAUAACCUCGAAGGCAUCAAAUGGGCAUCGGUUUAUUCUUGUGGUGAUUGACUACUUCACUAAGUGGGUAGAAGUAGCAUCUUAUGCCAAUGUGACCCAGAAAGUGGUAUGUAAGUUCAUCCAAAAAGAAAUAAUAUGCCGCUAUGGUCUCCUGGAAAUGAUCAUCAUAGAUAACGCUAGUAACCUCAAUGGUUCAAUGAUGAAAGAGUUACCCUUUGCUUUGCAUGCUUAUCGCACAACAGUCCGAACUUCCACGGGAGCUACGCCGUUCUCUUUGGUAUUUGGGAUGGAAGUAGUUUUACCAGUUGAAGUAGAAAUCCCUUCCCUAAGGGUCCUUAAAGAAGUACAGUUGGAAGAAGCUGAAUGGGUUAACGCUCGUUAUGAGCAAUUGAAUCUCAUAGAAGAAAAGAGGUUGACGGCACUUUGCCAUGGGCAGUUAUAUCAAAAGAGAAUGAUGAUGGCAUAUGGCAAGAAGGUACAUCCUCGUCAGUUCCAAGAGGGAGAGUUAGUAUUGAAAAGAAUUUUUCUGAACCAACAGGAUCCUCGCGGGAAAUGGACGCUGAAUUGGGAAGGACCAUUUGUGGUGAAGAAAGCUUUUUCAGGAGGAGCACUAAUUUUGGCAAAGAUGGACAGAAGGGAGUUUUCCAACCCAGUGAAUGCCAAUGUUGUCAAGAAAUAUUUUGCGUAA